GCACAACCUAUUCUGGAAACCGGGAACCGUACCAUGACUAGUACCGGUAGAAGGAACAGGGGUUGGGGUUCGCCUUCUCAACCAAGAGACAUACCUUUACGUGGUGGUUGGGAUAAGUAG